AAGCGGGCAGUUUCGCUCGGUGCUUCGUAUGAAUCGGACGCGUUUUGGACGUAAGUUCUGAGAUCGCUGCUUCCUUCCAGUGCUGGUCGUGGCCUGCUUGCAGGAUUAACAUUAACAGUCUACAGGCAGUUGUGGAUGCGAUUUCAUUCAGUUUGUGCUAACGGUUUACGUGGUUCACUGAGUGUUACGAUUGCGAUAUUGGACCCAGUAGGCCCAGUGCUUUGAAUUUGUGUGUGAAAAAGUGCAUCUAGAUUUAGGCCCAGUGUUGAGGCACAGGAUGUCCUAGAAUUUUUAUCUUACUACGUGAAUCUCCGGUUCCUGACCAAUGAAAAGUAAAGUUAAUGUCGGCUGUUGAGAAGUGCCAUGAUUAUUACCGUGCGGCAACGACGGCCUGAAUCUGCUACAGUGAUUUCUUGCAAUUGAUGGUGUGUGAAUACCAGUCCUGGCGAGGUGAUUUAUUUAAUCCAGGUCGCCAACAGCUGGCCACCGAACGAAUCAUAUGUCAUCGGAUCUGGAGAGAGGCAAAAGAAUAACUACUUGACUACUUGACGGUGACGGUGACGGGUGGCGUUUGUAGGUAGUGUGCUCAUAAUUUUCAGUACUAUCGCUGCCUGAAAAUCGUUCCGCUUGUCAUGUAAUUGGUACCGGUUUUUUGCCGUGUGCUCAUGUGAAAGCAAAUCAGUGUAAAACCGAAACCCUACCCCAGGCGAAUUAUACUUAUCGGAGGCAAAGAGCCGAAAAGCCAAAACGCAAAUUAGGAAAAUUGGAUAAUUGAUGAGCGGAAACGACAGUGGGUGUUAAGUGAAACAAAAGUUUGUGGUUACCAAAAACCCCCCAGUGCCGACUGGAGUGAGAAAAGCAAUAAAGUUAGAACGCGAGAAACCAGAAACCGGUCGCGGAAUUAAAUCAGCAUAAACCGGAAGGUAUUGUGGAAAAUCGGCAGUAUUUACCGUAGGCUUGUCAGUUAAGGUGCUACGGUUGCAAUGUGCUAAUUAUCCCGAAAUGCAGUUCACUCAACCGCCGUUAUCGAGGAUAACUCGAAAUUGAUUCGACGCCAAAAUCCCAGUGGAAAUCGCUGCCACAUUACCUGCGAGAGGCUCUUCGGGGUUACAUAAUUAAGCGGGAGAUUAUCGAUGGAUCAUUUGUGAUUUCAGUGUUUCGAGACAAAAUGGGCAGUAAUAAUGGCGUCGUUCAUACACAGACACACGCACACCCGUACGUACCGGUAUUGAAAUAGUUUGAAUGUUUAUUACACCCAAUUGACGUGAGGAUAAACGCUGACAGCGAGGUGUUAACAACACUGCCUCAGAACUUAAUACAACGAGAGAGCGAGAGAUAGAGAGAGAGAAAAAAUAUACAACACAGGGGAUCUGAGGGCGUCUGUUCAAGUUAAAUUGCAUAAUAAACACAUCAAUUAAAACAAAAUCCGAACGUCGAUUCGGAUGAAAAACUCGGUGAAAAGUGUUGGUUCCGGAAAAGGCAUGACUGCUUGAUUCGGUUCAUGUGCCAGCCCUUUGGAAUCCAAUACAUGCUAUCAUUUGAAUGCUGCUUUUUGUUCGAAUUCAAACAACAGUGGAGUGAAAUUUUGCAAUAUACAAACAACAGGAAAUUGAGGCCCACCAGCAAACGUGGAACAGUUAAUUAAAAGUGUUGCGAUGCAAAUCAAAAUGAAAACUGGUACCUUUUUCGGCAGCAUGCAGCAACGGCCACCGAAGGCCGGGUGCUGUCCUCGAGGCGAACGGAACCUGACACUGGCGGCCUGGCUGCUAAUUGGAGUGUGUGUCCUCAUACCAGUGAUAGACGCUCUGCGGGAUGUCCAAGUCACAGUGCCGCAGGCAGUUCGGAGAGGGGACAACGCAAUGCUCUACUGCCACUACGACAUGGAUGGCGAAAAUCUGUACUCAGUCAAGUGGUACAAAGGCCGACGAGAGUUCUACCGCUACACGCCGAAGGAGAACCCGGCGAUGAAAGUCUUCCCGGUAGCGGGAGUGCAAGUGAAGCGGGCUGCCUCCAACGAGAGCCAACUGAUGCUGGUAGGACUGAACAUGAUGGCGUCCGGCAAGUACAGCUGUGAGGUGUCAGCAGAUGCACCAUCCUUCCACACAAUGAUUGUCACGGGUGAUUUGGAAGUUUGCGAGGUUCCCAAACACGUGCCGUUCAUUCACGGGAUCCGACCGCGAUACCGAGUGGGAGAUAUCGUGCGGGGCAACUGCACUUCUGCCCAUGCAAGGCCGGCUGCCAACCUGACGUGGUUCAUCAAUGAAGUGCAGGCUAAUCCCUCGCACAUCCGAAUCCACAAGCCGUCCAGAGACCACAAAACCGAUUUGGAAACAUCCGUCAUUGGGUUGCACUUCGUGGUGAGCAAUCAUCACUUCCAGAACGGAAAGCUAAAGAUUCGCUGCUCGGCCCGCAUUCACGAGAUCUACAUGCAAUCGACGGAGAAAUCUAUCGACGAGGAACGGCCAAGGGUAAUUUCUGCGGCAUCCUCCUCGUCUUCCUCGUCGUCGGCUUCGUCGCCUAACAGCAAUACCAACAGUAUCAACCUGAUACAGAACAUCCCGUACGACCAGUUCUCCCAGCUGGACAACGAGCUGGAUCGGAAGGACUACAUGACACACCUACAGGGGGACAUGUCAUCAUCGUCGGGAAGUGCGUCCUCACCAGUGCGCUCGGUGCCAUCAAUCAGCUCAACCCGAUUCCUGCUGGCGCUUGUGGAGGCAACCGGACUGCUAAUAGUUUUUCACCAUUUGCUCAAAUUUGACACGAUUUCCAUAACAUGAUUCCGUGAUGUGCAUUAGUGAUGUGAUUUCGGUUGAACUUUUCUUCCUAACUCCGUGCCAGUAUCAUUUUCCGACUUUCAUUUGUUUCUUGUUGCGCUCCUAUGUUUUUCUUUUCGGUUGUUUUUCGCUGCCAGACAGAUUCUUAUCCGCGCGUAGUAUGGAAGUGUGACUCGUCACACUUCGUGAGACGAAAGAUAAUUUCCACCACCGUUCCCGAAGUGAAACGGCAGUGUCUGGCGCGAAGCGAUCCAACUGAUAAGCUGGUGACGAUGGUGUGAAAUCCUGCUGCAGAAAGUAGGUGUUGAUGGAAGCGUUGACGCUGACUAAUGGUUGCUAUGCGUGGACAGUGUGCGGAAUUUUUGCGAUCGUUGUGAACUUAACUGAUGUGUAUUUAGCGAAUCUAAAAAUAUAUACAUAAAAAAAAAUCGUAAGAAGUUAGAUAAAAUGUAAAUUUUAUUGUGAGAAAGACGUAUUGGUAGGUAAGGAUAAUUUAUUUCUAACGGGAGAUUGUCUGUUGGUUGUAAAUCCGGAUGAAGGCAGUGAUCUUCAUUAGCAUCUCAUAUGGAAAGCAUCCGACACUCUGAUGCGUUUGUCAUGUCAAUCGAAUCAACAGCCGGCAUGGAAGACAAAAAUUUUAAAUACAGUGAUGAAACAAAUAGAAUUUCUAAGACCAAUUGUUAAACACGGCUGAUAAAUUAUUUUAUAACUAAAUGGGGACUGAGCAGCAUUUUAUCACCUUAUCUGUUUUUUCCCAAGAAAUCAACGAUCGAAUUUUUAAGUUCCGUAAUUUGCAUUUUUUUUAAAUCAUUUGUCAAAUUCCAAUGUUACCCUUUUGUGAGAGAUCAAAACUGCCAAUCAAAUAUGAGAUUGAAAAACGUGCUUAAUCUAUCUAGCAGUGAGAUGAUGCCCUAUUAAUCCGCAUGUGUUUCUUGAUUAAAUAUUCUUCGGUGUUUUUAGUUUUCAUUGUUUUAAUGACUGUCCUAUUAAGAGACAGUUUGAAAUUUCAAUCACCCUGUAAUUUCGGAAUUGCUGGUCGGAUCGAAAAGAGAAAUUGUAAGAAACACAGUUGUAAGCAAAAAUUAAAUAUUUAGGAAUGGAUAUUCGCUUGUAUUUUUUUUUUUUGUUUCAAUUAUAGAGGCUUUAACAUUAAUGUUAUUCGCCUCUUCGGGCCAAAAAAACUUUUUGACCCUAUGUACGGGGUUGAGAAUCGAACCCAGGCGGGCUGCAUGAAAGGCAUCGACUUACCCAUCACGCUAUACCCGUCCCCCGCUUAAAUUUUUCAAGAAAUAGCGAUAUACUUUUGGAUUGGAAUUUUGUAUAUAACUUAUUCCGUUUCAUCGAUACAAUAGAAGAAUUUAGUGCUUUGCACAUCGAACAAAUCUGUCAACAACUUCAUCAAUAAAACCGCUUUGACGUUGUAACUGAGACAGCAAUUCGUUUUCAACUGCCAUAAACAUAAGCCUCUGCUGUCCAAGUUCUCACAGUGCCAAAAGUGACAGAGAGAUGGCAACAAAUCUCAGAGCUGAGCUCGAUUUUUUUUCUUCUAGAAUCUGUGCAGUAACUCAUGUGCACGGAAAAGAUACUAACACAGCAACAAGUGAAACUUGAAAUUUUAGAUUGGAUGUGAUAUAAGAUGUGUACAAGUAGAUUUAGAAUUUUCCCUACACAAAAAUCUCAGAAUUGCGGAAGCAAAUGAUGUCCUCGUGGUAAUAACCAAAUCAUGUAUAUGAUAGGGCUGAAAAGUCACCACUUGUGUCUGAACACCCAGUUUAAAUCUUAAUAAUUUAAUUUUAACUCAUAUUCCAAUAAAUAGUUAUUUAAAAAAAAUACCCAAUUUCGGUGCACAAGACAAAGUACUCGAGUUCAAAGCGCCACGGCAAUGCGAUAUAAAAAAAUCGCUUGGCUGUCAAUAAUCAGCUAGCGCAAGUCGCUUAGGGUGAAUUUGUGUCUAUUGUGCCGUGGACAAAAUCGCUUCUAUUCGGUACCUAAAAUCUAACAAUCAAACAAAUAAUUGAAUGCGAAUAGGGAUGCAGUUGAUUCUUUCAAUUUGCCACUGAAGAAACCAUAAAGUUAAUCCUUUAAAUCUAAACGUAUGACAAUCGAUUAAGCAUUCCAUGAGAUGUCGAAGUGAGUUCCAUUUUUGGUCAUUAUUUACGGUACUCGAGUCUCUCAAUGCAUGAACCGCGAGAGAAUUUUUCUACAUUUCUUCGCUCCACUUCAUACUCUGAGUAUUUCACGGCCCUUAAAAAAAUUACAGUCUGAUAAUGAUUGGUGCUGCGUGGAAUGUAUCAAGAGAGAAUCGCAAGUUGACAAUUAUCGCAGAAAAUCGAAUCGAUGAUUCGACUUGAUGAUUCUCAUACUAGGUUGCAAUAUUUCAAAACCCUUGUGUGGAGCAUUCACAGACAUUUUCAUAGGCACAACUUAUACAAAGGUUAUAUGCACAUAGUUAGAAUAAGCGGCAAUAAUAAAAUGAUUCCAUCGCAAUUAUCCACUGCCCAUACAGAAUCGGAUCGCGAAACGAGAAUAAGCGACCGUUUGUUGCUUCAGAGAGAAUCCGCACCAGUGCUGUAAAACCAAAGAUAAAUAAUAAAGACAUGUAUGUGCUUAUAAAUAUUUUUGAAAAAUGUGGUUCGUUCCCGGUACCUUCUGAAAUGACCGCACUCACCGCUUGGUGCAGCGCGAGAUUAAUUGCAUUGUUAUCAUUUCAACCAAAGUGUGCCAUAAAAUCUCAAUAUACACAAAUAAGCUACCGAAUCGAAAGGGUUCUCACGGUUUGACAAUUGCAUUAUGAAUGUAUGAUGGGAACUCAGCAGUGCAACCAAUUUAUCACCAUUGGUGCCAGUUUCACGGAGGACCGUAGAUGUGCGCCGAAAAAAAUCGUGACUGUCAUGUCUGGAAAUUCGUUUGUGGUAAAACUUCAUUCAAUUCAAUUAAAACUGAAUGUGGAACAGAUUGACGAUCUCUCUAAUGCACUCUCUGACACACACAAUGUGUACUGACGGCCCGAACGGGCAGCAUUCAGUUCAUCACUCGUUUCUCUUCAAUCGAGGCUCAGUUUAACCAUCGUCAGUUGAUCUCUUGAAAUGACAAAAUAUCUCUUUCAAUAGUGUGAGAGCGGUCUUCAAAUGAGGUUCAUGUAAAUAUUCGAAUUGGUUCAAGAUAAUAGAUGAAAGACAAACCAGAUAGCUGAAAUAUCAAUCACAGAAUACACAUAAAUUAAUUGUUUCCUCCUUCAGUUUUCAUUUUUAAUACUUUACUCCAUUUAUAAUUCUAUUCGAUCGAACUUGCUUACUACCAAGAGCGAAGGCAAUGAAAGAGAUACACUACUUGGCACUCUAAACUGAGCAAGCAAAACUUCAAAUGACUAGGUACGAUUAAUCAACUGACGAUGAAUUCCGGGAGCUUCACUUGAAAAUGGCAGCAAAAUCAAAUGAAUUAGUAGCGAUAUGCUGACGGUCAGCGGCCAUAAAUUUCAUUUUCAUCUUAUAUUAUUCGAUUGAAAAUGAAAUUUUACCGCACUGAUCCCCACAGCAGCGAGCUAACCGUUGAUUCUCAGACAGGCAAUCGAGAGAAAUUCGCUCUCGCACUGGUGUCUAUUCUAUGUUAAAUGAACCAUGCCGGUUCUUUGUUGCUGCGAUGAUAUCAGUCUCUCUUUGAUGGCACUUAUUGAAUCGUGUGAAGAGCUGCGAGUGAGCGUUCUUAUACGAUAAAAGCCAUCCUUGACUGCAUGUUGAAUUUACGUCAAGUGUAAUUUUUUUUUUUUUCUAAAAAUGACAAGUGCUACGAUUCAUUUGACGUUCCUUUCAUGUUCUUAAUAUGUUUUGUUGAAAUUUCUUACUCAACUGAAAAGUUCGUCCUGCAUUCUAAAAAAAAAACAAAUCAGAUUUCAAACCCAAUGUCCAAAUUUUCAUUGUCGCCCUCUUCAGAAUAACACUCAGACUUAGUAAUCAUCUCUUCGCUUUAACACGAACGUCCCUACCCCUGCCAGUCUACAAUGCGAAGAUGUGGAAAAUGCAAAUGAAUAGCUCAAAUUACAAACGCAAAUAAAAUAAACUAAGCCAAACAACCGAACCGAGCGAACGAGCGAAGAAUGGCACCAACCAACAGACAGUCAGUCGUUCCCGAGAUUAUACUAAAGAUGGCAGUGCGCUGCCUCCCAUCUCCAAAUGCACCGGUAAGGUAAUAUAGUGUAAAGUGUAAAAAUAAACAUAAUAACGAGUACCGGAGGAUAAGCUCCAUCGCUUUGAAGAAAUGAUGGGGAAAAGAAAGACAGCUCUAGAGAAUAAGUAAACUGUAAAGCAGUUAAAUGAAAACCAUCGUAACGCGAAAUCUGCAAAGAUUCGGGUACGACCCAGAUACGAUGAGUAAGAAGCAAAACAAAGUUUUAUGUACAUAUUAAGUAAGUAGUAAUAACAAGCCAGUGGCAAUGCUGGUAUAUUGUAGUGUUACUUGACUGCAAAUAAAUGCGCAUAAAAUGAGUAUUAGGAUCGGGUGACGCUGACAUGUAAUGAAAUUAAAAGCGAAAUUGCAGAUUGGAAUCACAGAGAGCAUUGUAAGGCUAGAAUAGCGAAAAUUCAAUGAAUUUGUGUGUGAUAGAUAUCAAUAUUUAUGACCCAAAGAGCAAAACUGCGCAAAAACAUAGAUUAAAUAAUUGGAAUAUAUAGUGUACUGAGAAGAUAAUUUUAAAUGCAAAAUACAUAAACUAUGACGUAUGGUAAUUCGA